AUGGCGCGCACCGACGCGUCGGCGACGUACACGGCGACUAGCUUGCUGAGGUCGACGAGUCGAGACGACGGCUUGGACCAGCCGGGCCGCCUCCUCCUCGCGCACGGGGCCGAACGACUGGACGCGCCUGGCGCUGAGCAGCUCCAUGAUGCAGAUCUUGCGGAGCUGACGCCAGUGGUCGCCGUACGGAGCCAUCACGAUCCCCGGGCCGUCCCUGGUGAAGACCCUGGCACUCAGGGUCAUUGGCCUCGUCGCGAAGAUGGCGUCGUGGGUCUUCAUGAAUUCCUUUGCGGCGUCCGGCGUGGAUGCGACGACCACCGGGACCUCACCGAGCUUGAGGAACAUGAGAGGGCCGUGCCGGAGCGACAGGUCUCGCAGGACGCGGUGUACGAGGGAGCCGCGGAGGUGGUGGAUGCUGCCGAUGAUGGGGAGCUGCCAUGGGCCUGGAGGGAGUCGAGGUCCAUGGCUACGAGAUCCAAAGGAACUUCUCCACCAGAACUUGACAAGAAAGUAUACGAGUGGGAGAAGAGCUAG